AUGGAAGCAGUAGGGCUAGGGCUGGCUGUCGUGACAGCCUUCAAGGAGCUAUACUUGACAGUGAAAUUUAUCCAUCGACUAGUUUUCAGCGCAAAACAUUACAAGGUGGAAAAAGAGGAUUUGCGGCAAGAAUUCCACCUUGAAGUCCUCUAUCUGCAAAGCUUUGGGCAGCUUUUGGUAGAGAAUAAGGGUAUUUUGAAGGAAAGCCAUCUCAAUACUGCUUGGCUGCGAGAAAUACAUGCCAUUUUUGAAAGACUACGACUCCAUUGUGGCGAUCAUGCAAAAUUGGCUGCGGCUCAAGACAAUGACUACCAGUCAUAUUCUCCAUAUUUGAAUCAUUCCACAGCCGUGUCAGGGGUUAUCGAAUUCGAAUUUGAUAUCCCUUCCGAGCCUCACGAGAUAAAAAAGUUUUUGGAACUUACAACGCUGAAAAGAUUCAGUUUUGGGUGGUUUACCACUAUACGGCCAUCGGCAAAUUGGGACUCCUGGAAAUGGGCCCUGUUUGAGAGACGGAGGUUCGAACGCUUUGUGGCUGAAUUUCAGAAAUGGACAGCCAAGAUCAAAGACCUAGUACCAUUGAUGAUGGCGUUGAAUCCACAUUAUGAUAAUUCUUUGGUCCUGGACAAGCUGAUCACAAAUGAGCAUUCUCGUCGGGUUGGAGUGGCACCUCACGCAUCACUUCGACGUUUAGCUAUCGAACCAGGACUGGACCAAACAAACUUCUUUAUUGAAAAUGUUAAGCUAGAUGCUCCUCUGGAAGCCGAGUGUCUAACUGUUGCAAAUCUGGUGAACACUUCCGAUACACAUCCAGAGCCCGAGAAAGUGCUUGUUGAAUAUAAACGAUAUGGCAGUGACACUGAUGAUGUCGAUAUCGAAAGUGAUCAUCAGACAGAGGAAAGAGUCCAUCAAUUAGCCAGUCUUCUCUCCUCAGCCGGGACACACGGCCUUCAUACUCUGGAAUUUCGUGGUCUAAUCAACCAAUCCGAGGGGAAGCGAUACGCAUUUCUCUUUAACUUCCCUCCCCCAUCAUCAUCGGAUCGGGUCCCAACCUCCCUACACUCACUAAUGUCGAGACAUACCACAUUAAGAAUGUCGCUUCCCCAGCGCUUCCGGGUUGCAAAGGAUGCCGUGACUGCAGUGUCUGCCUUUCAUGCGGAUGGUUGGGUUCACAAAUCAAUUCGCAGUCAUUCCAUUGUUUUCUUUCCAACGAUCACUUAUAAUUCGUCUUCAUCCCCUAUCCAAAAUGAAGUUACGUUCGGUGACUGCUAUUUAACCGAUUUCGAAUUUGCUCGACCAGAAACCGCACAAACACAGUACACGUUUGAUAAUCAUCUCGAGAAAAUCCUGUACCGGCAUCCGGAUCGUCAGGGGCCUCCGACGGUUAGCUUUCGAAAAAUCCACGACAUCUACGCCCUAGGGGUGGUUUUGCUAGAGAUUGGUGUCUGGCAGACAGCGUUGAGCAUCUAUCAGCAAGCACAUAAGAAAUUAAAGCCUGGAGUUACGAUGAGUCCUCGGGGUAUUCAAAACCUGUUUAUUGAAAUUGCAAGGAGACAGUUGCCGCAUCAUAUGGGGCCAGCAUAUCGUGAUGCAGUUGUCAAGUGUCUUUUAGGUACUGGUUUUGGCGAGGAAGAGAAUUGGGUGAUGACUUUUUAUGAGGAAGUAGUGCAGAAUAUUGACGUUGGGAAGUUGCAGUGA